UAAUAAACAUAAGAAAAUAAAUUGUCGCGGUUCUGAUUAUCGAUGGGAGAGUGGACAGCGCCAUUUAGAGCAGUUGGCAAAUUCUAGCCGGCGAAAUAAGUAAGCUGAUGACUGAACUCUGCCCUUUUUGUGUGCAAUUAAAAUUUACAACAGUAGAUUAAAGCCAAAAAGGCAACCGUAUAGCUGCCAUCAUAUUGGUGAUUAACCCGCGUAAUUGAAAAAUACAAAAGUUAACGGUCUUUAAAGUGGGUUAGUGCUAUUUUAAAAACCGGUUGCAGCGAGGGAAAAGUCUCAUUGAUUUUCACCUGUUUAUGGUAUUAUUUGGUCAUCAUCGAACAGUUGUUCGUUGUUUGUUGCCACGCCAACAAAAACAUAAGGAAGGAAAAUGCAGGAAGCGUUUGUAAACAUAAAUAAUAUACCCACGCAUAUUAUAACGUGGGGCAAAUGGAUUGAAGAGUCGCUCAACGAUACCAAGGAAUUGGUUAUUUGCAUAACAGGUAAUCCGGGAUUGCCUGGAUUCUACACAGAGUUUGGCGACGCACUGCGAAAGGAGCUGGGCUCCAGUGGACAAAAUUUACCAGUGUGGGUGAUAGGUCACGCUGGCCAUGAUGAUCCUCCAGCCGCCAGCAUACGCGAAGUGCCCCAACUGAGUGGCAAUCAAGAGCUGUUCAAUUUGGACGGUCAAAUUACGCACAAAAUCGAGUUCAUCAAGAAAUAUGUGCCGCGUGAUGUCAAAAUACAUUUGAUUGGUCAUUCGAUUGGUGCCUGGAUGAUACUCCAGCUGCUGCAGGAGCAGGAGAUAAGGCAGCGAGUCAAAAAGUGUUACAUGCUUUUCCCCACCAUCGAACGCAUGAUGGAAUCACCCAAUGGCUGGCUCUUCACCAAGAUCGCCAUGCCGCUGUAUUCCGUCUUUGGUUACGUGUUUUUCACGUUUUUCAAUGUGCUCCCCGUUUGGUUACGAAUCCUGCUCAUUCAAAUCUAUUUCCUCAUCUUUUCCAUUCCCAAACAAUUCACGGGCACGGCUCUAAAGUACACCAAGGCAUCGGUGGCCGAGAAAGUUGUCUUCUUGGCCGACGAUGAAAUGUCCCGAGUCCGUGGUUUACAACGCGAGUUGGUGCAGGAGAAUUUAGGGCUGUUAAAGUUCUAUUAUGGCACCACCGAUGGAUGGGUGCCCGUGUCCUACUAUGAGCAACUGAAGCAGAAAUUUCCCCAGGUGGAUGCAAAGCUAGACAGCAAGAAGAUUGCUCACGCCUUUGUGCUGCGUCAUUCCAAGCCGAUGGCCACCAUUGUCAGCAACAUGAUACAGCAAAAUGUGCAAUCCAACUGAGUUGCAGGUGUUGUCAGUUAGCCAAUUGUUGCCUAAUCUUAAUUAAGUUUGUAAGCGUAAAAGGAGCUCUCUCGAAAUUUUUCUUUCCAGACAGAUGCAUUGUGAAUACAAAUACCAUUUUAAAGUUGGUAGAGAAAUAUACACGAAAACGAACAUUA